AAAAAGUUUGAAUCAUUUAUCAUCUUGAGCUCUUAAAAUGGGUGUUUUAGACAAAUUGAAUCUUGUAAGGGUAACUUUAACUUGUAGAUGUGGCGCAACUCGUGAGGAUUGUGAUAGAGAUUAGAGAAAGGGUCGAAUAUCAAAAUUUGGCGAAUAGAUUUCAUUUUGGUUUCCGCCAUUAGUAGUUGGAUCGAAAUGGGAAGUAAAGCUCUUCCUCUGCUCAAAGGAGCUUCAUCAUUCCCAUCGUUAAAGCGCCAAAUCUUCAUCUCUACCGCCUUCCAUUCCCUUCCUGUUUCCAACAUCACAAUCCGAAAGUCUUCGACUGCUUCAGGAGUUUUAGCUUCUCUUCAACCUCCUGAUGUUCCUCGUUUAGCUCAAACAGCUCGAAUCUCUCUCACUCCCACUCAGGUUGAAGAAUUUGCGCCUAAAAUUACUCAAGUUGUUGACUGGUUUGGGCAGCUCCAGACAGUUGAUCUUCAAAGUAUUGAACCAUCCAUUAGAGCAGACACUGAAGGUGGCAAUCAACGGAAUGACGUUCCUGAAACAUUUGAAAAUAGAGAGGCCAUGAUUGGCGCAGUUCCAGUAUUCGAUGAGCCGUAUAUCAAAGUUCCCAAAGUUCUGAAUAAGGAGUAGUUGCUAAGGUUGGAUUGGUUGUUUCAUCUGUCUCAUCAUUCAUUAUUGGCAUAGUCUUCAACACCUUAUGUCAUUGAAAUGAUUAAUUCUGCUACAGGUUGUUACUACAUGAUAUUUGAAUUAAAAUUUGAACUAAUCAUCCAUUAAUCUUAACCUUA